CUUUAUCCAAGAACGGAUACAAGGCAGAAAACAAUACGAUACCGACAGUAGCCAACACAAACAACAAGGCAUGGUGUCAUGGACAUCACUUUGACUGGACGUGUCGAAACAUUGCGAAAGACUAUAAACGACAUGGCUUAUGCAACAUCUGCCCUUCGCUCAGACCAGGCAAUCGAAAGCGAGAGCAUAACAAGUGGCCUCAUGAGUCCCGGGAAUGGGAGAAAAGGGCGUCGAUUUCCAAUCGAAGAAUCUGAAGCAAUGGAGUCAGAAACGGCCACUGCCGAAAAUGAUGGAGAGAGCACUGGGAAUGAUAUGGAUGCGAAUGAGGUGGACGACACGGAUGAGAACGACGUGGACGAAAGCGACACGGAUGAGAAUGACGUCCCCGCAGAGGAGGAGGAUGUGGGUGGGAGGAUCGAGGUGCUGAAUCUCUACUCGACAAGAGAAUCAGACGAAGGACGGGCAUGGGUAUUCACAGCUAUUGUGCCCCCGCAAGUCAAACUUCAGCAACACCAGGCCAGAAAAGGCGAAAAGACUACAGACCCUACCAGGACUUUCGCCAUCGUUCACAAACACAGAGUAGAGGGAAAAGUUCGGGGAGUUUCAAUCCAAGUUCAGAAUCAAAUUCUGAAGGAGAGGCUGUCCGUGGUGUUUGAGGGUUAUCUAGAACUCGACCCCGAGGCUCCACUCUUCGAAUUCAACGCCGGAUUUGAGCCUUUUGUUCAUCGUUGGGAUCGCCUCAUUGCCAGUGAGAAGGCCGAGAAGGACAAAGAUGGAAAAGAAUUACUCAAACUCCUCAUCGGGCUGUUGUCUGAAGAGUUGACAACUUCGUUCCGAGCCUUUCAAGACUUCAAGACCACUGGUUACAUCGAUUUCGAUCACAUCCUCCUUGCAUACAAGCCCGGGGAUAUUGUUGUGCGGUCAAAAGAUGACAUACUGAGUGCUGGAAAACUCAGGAAGGCUUCUAAGAUCGAGACGAUUGCCGGUGAGAUCCUUCUGUUGAAGGUCGCUAUUCUGGACUGGGAUGGAGAGAAACGCGGAUGGCGCAAAAAGAAGUGGCAAAUGCCGCCUUACGAAGGCAUCCGGCGUUUGAGUGACUUCAGCGUGUUUCCUCUGAACACCCACAGUGAAAGUAAGCAGAUAAGGAUCCACCUCACCGAGCGCGGCAAGAUGUUUCACAGCCUCUGUGGGUGCCACAUGCGGAUAUUCCAAGGGCGCGCAAAGGUCUCCGCCCGACAACGACUCUUUGAUUAUGGGAGUGACGAUACAAUAUACCUGUCAGAACGUGUUAUUUUGGACGCGAAGGCAUACCAUCAAUUUCACAGUCCAAAACCGUCUCUGGCGCCGCUGAAUGCAAAGGAUGAUAAUGUACUCACGGCACUGUCAAAUCCUCAAGGUCAGAAUCUGAGCAUUGUGGAGAAACGAGACUCGCCGACAAUACCGCCACUUGAUGAAAGCGACUUGAUAUUGGCGGUACCAAAGGUCAAAGGCUUUGCUCUUGAAAACAAGUCGUGGCACAAGUUCAAUAUCGAUGGUCUGCGGCCCAUUUCGUGGAACCAUGGGAUACUCGAGAACUUGGUUCUUGAAACAGAAGAGAAGAGUCUCCUUCUGGCUUUGGUGUCUCAGCAUGGGGUCUCUGACCACGUAUUCGACGAUUUCAUCCAAGGGAAAGGGAAAGGCAUGAUCUUGCUUCUCGGUGGUCCACCUGGAGUCGGUAAAACCUUGACAGCAGAAGCCGUCGCCGAAAACCUUCAACGUCCCCUGUAUCGAAUUAGAGCGGGAGACCUUGGGGUCGAAGCAGGCAAGGUUGAGUCCUCGCUGAAGAAAGCCCUCGAGCAUUGUGCCUACUGGAAUGCAGUGUUGCUGAUAGAUGAGGCUGACAUAUUCCUGGAACAACGAACGAGUGAUAACAUCCAGCGUAACGAGUUGGUUUCCAUUUUCUUGGUUCUCCUGGAGUACUACAGAGGUGUACUUUUCUUGACAACGAACCGUAUCGACAGCAUCGAUGCAGCGUUCGAGUCACGGAUCGACAUUAUCCUCUCAUAUCGAGAUCUUACGUCAAGCGCCCGGAGAGAGAUUUGGUCCAACUUUGUAAAGAGGUUGCCGUCUAAAGACGUCAACCUCGAGCCCGAUGAUUUGACGACACUGUCGCAAUGGAAUCUAAAUGGGAGGCAAGUCAAGAGUGCCAUUAAAACGGCUCGCAUGUUGGCCCUUCAAGAGAACACGCGCUUGAACAUCAAACACCUGGAUACGGUAGUCCGUAUCAGAAUGCGAGGAACGAGGCUGCUCAAGCCUGGUGAUGAUGGGACAACUGGCGCAGAGAUACGCCACUCGCCUGCUGAUGGUAUUUUGCGCUGGUGUCUCGCUUGGUUACCGGUGCGCAUACUCGCCACGAUAUCAUACUUAUUUGAUCGUAUCCAGACGAGAGGGUGAUACGAGCGCCAUAGUGUCUUGUAAGGUAUGCUUGCCUGGACUCGAUGUCGCCUUCAGGUGGCCCACUUGGAAAGCUGUGUGGCGUUCAAUGUUUGGUAAUGUUCAUUUUCAGCCGGCACAAGACAUCGUACCAAUUCAAUUCAGCAGGAAUUGAAGAGAUAUUCAUUGGUUUUGCUUAGAUCCGGCAACGGGAUAGCCCCGUAGAACUAACCACGACAUCUUCAUCAGAACUGUUCGAGAUUACCUCUCGCGCGGUUUAGAUGUUUACAAGCUCAACUCUGUCACGUUCUACCACAGCAUCGUGCCACAAGGGUCUGACCCUGGCCGCGAUUCCUCUCAAG